GCACCGCCGCCCCCCGCCCCUUCCGGCGCGCGCGCGGACAUGGCGGCUGCCGGCGAGGCGGGCGGGCCCGAGCCGGAGCCCAGGCGGAGAGAAAAACAGAAGAACAAGAACAAGAAGAAAGCGGCGCCAGUUGAUGAAUCGGAACUUCUCACAGUGCCAGAUGGAUGGAAAGAGCCAGCCUUUACAAGAGAGGAUAAUCCCAAAGGGCUGCUGGAAGAAAGCAGCUUUGCAACAUUAUUCCCAAAGUAUAGAGAAGCAUACUUGAAAGAGUGCUGGCCCCUCGUCCAGAAAGCCUUGGGUGAACACUAUGUGAAUGCAGCGCUGGAUCUAAUUGAAGGAAGCAUGACUGUCACUACCACUAAGAAGACUUUUGAUCCAUAUGCAAUCAUCAGGGCUAGAGAUUUAAUAAAACUUCUGGCAAGAAGUGUUCCAUUUGAGCAGGCAGUUCGUAUCCUUCAGGAUGAUGUUGCGUGUGACAUCAUUAAGAUAGGCUCUCUGGUGAGGAAGAGAGAGACUUUUAUAAAAAGAAGAGCACGGCUUCUUGGGCCAAAAGGAUCUACUCUGAAGGCCCUGGAACUGUUAACAAACUGUUAUAUUAUGGUACAAGGCAACACUGUGUCAGCUCUUGGACCCUUUAGUGGGCUAAAAGAGGUUAGAAAAGUUGUUCUGGACACAAUGAAGAAUAUACAUCCCAUAUAUAACAUCAAGACUCUGAUGAUCAAAAGGGAAUUAGCAAAAGAUCCUGAACUGAGGACACAAAGUUGGGAAAGGUUUUUACCUAAGUUUAAGCGGAAGAACUUGAAAAAACGCAAGGAGCCCAAGAAGAAAAAUACCAAGAAGGAGUACACACCGUUCCCACCUCCACAGCCAGAAAGCCAGAUUGAUAAAGAAUUGGCAAGUGGUGAAUACUUCUUGAAAGAAAGACAGAAGAAACGCAAGAAAAUGGAAGAGAUAAAGGCAAAGCAAGCAGACGCAAUCAAGAAAAGACAAGAAGAAAGAAAUAAAGCUUUUAUUCCACCGAAGGAAAAGCCAGCUGUGAAAACAAAGAAAGCCUCCACUGAGAAAAAAAUUGAUAUCGAAGCCAUCAAGGAAAAGGUAAAGAAUGCAAAGAAGAAGAAAUUGGGAGCACUUCCUGAGGAAGAAGUAAAGUUAAAAAUGGCAGCAGAUGAAAAGAAAAAAAAGAAAAAGAAGUAAUUAACCAUCCAAGAUGCUCACUUUUCUCCUCCAGUAGUGAACAUUUUCAUCCUUGGAAGACUGGAGACUUUUUGCUGUUGGUAUAAUGUGGAUAAGAAAAGACUAGGUGGAAAGGUCAUUCUAUUUUCACAAGUACAGUUUAAUUAGUGGACCUAAAGCAGCUGUGCAGACUUGCUAAAGUUGGUGAAGAAAAUCUUGCUGCUAUGGUGUUUGAGAAAGUAAGAGAGUUUAGAUAAUGCCCCAUCUGCCUAAAGGGAAGGUUUCAUAAUAGAAACAUUAGGAGUUUGAUGUGGAGUGUUAAACUUUAGAGUCAGAGAACUCUAAAAAGGUGAAAGUUCAAGGUAAUUCUUCUGUGAAAGACUACCAGCCAAUAUGCAGCCUCAGUUGUGGUGAUAACUUCUGCUAAACAGGCAAGAUUUUUUUACUGUAUUAUGCUUUUGUUUCUGUAAAAGCUGAUUAUUUUUGUGUGUCUUGUCUUGAUGUUAAUAAACUAUUUUAAUAUAUUGUUCUUAAGUCCUUUAAUUCAUAAUCUACUGCCCAACCUACAUGUCAUUUUCCAGGAAACAAACUCACAGCUUCAUAUGAGAAUUAGACAAACCAUAAUCUUCAUUGAUUACCAUUAAUACCAUUAAUAAACUGUAAUUUAUUAG